AUGGCUGAUAGUGCUGUAAACGCGACCGUUAAUUCCAUUACAACAAAUGGAACAAUAUGGAUUUGUGAAUAUGUGUGUAAGAAUCCAAGGUCAAGAGGGGUUUUCUUUUCGGAUAAUCCAUUUAGUUACACAUUUCCUGUUCUCUUAAUACAAAUCUCUUUAGUUUCUAGCUUGACUGCAUUUUUACAAUUCUUACUUGAACCUAUGGGGGAGACCACAUUCUUUCCACAAAUGCUGGCUGGCAUGAUGCUAGGACCAUCAGUUAUAGGACAAAGUGCUUUCCUACAAAAGUGGUUAUUCCCACCAAAAACAUUCUACAUAAGUGAGACAAUUGCAUUUUUUGGAGGCAUGAUGUUUAUGUUCUUAAUUGGAGUAAAAAUUGAUAUAAGUAUCGUUGCAAGAUCAGGGAAAAAAGCUUGGGCAAUUGGAAUAUUAACAUUUCUUAUUCCACUAUUAUUCUGUUCAUUUGUUUGUUUUUGUGCAAAAAAAACAUUAGAUCCUGAUCAUCCUCUCUACAAGUCUUUAUUUGCCAUCACAUUCAUCUUCUCAAGUGGUUCAUUCCAUGUAACCACAAUCCACUUAGCAGAUUUAAAGCUAUUAAACUCUGAAUUGGGUCGAUUAGCGAUAUCUUCCUCAAUGGUUAGUGGAACCAUUUCGUUAACGGCUGUUAGCACCAUGCUAAGCCGCAAAGAUAUAUUUUCCAUGGAUAAGGCUUUUCACUUGAUGGGGAUGAGUUUGUUAGUUAUGAUUACUCUCAUAAUAUAUGUUUUCCGUCCCAUAAUGUGUUGGAUGAUAAAACAAACACCUGAUGGGAGACAAAUGAAAGAAUCACACAUAAUGUCGGUGUUUUUAAUGUUAAUCGUCUGCGCGUUUUUUAGCGAAGUUAUCGGGCAACAUGUUCUGGUUUUGCCUAUCAUUUUGGGCAUAGCUGUACCUGAAGGUCCUCCAUUAGGAUCGGCAUUGACGGAUAGAUUGGAUACAUUGGUUUCAAAUAUUUUUUUGCCAUUAUAUUUUCUAUAUAGUGGUUCUACAUUCAACUUUUUUCUAAUUGAUGGUCAUACAUUUAUGAUUGUUCAAAUUCUUGCUAUUGUUUCAUUCCUUGGGAAGGUCGUAGGAACUUUAUUGCCUUCAAUUUAUUGGAAGAUGCCAAUGACAGAUGUUAUAUCCUUAGGACUACUUAUGAGUGCUCAAGGAAUCACGCAUUUGAUUUACUUGCAAACAGGUCUAAAUAUUACUAUAGAUGAACAAUCUUAUGGUAAUGCCUUGAUAGCAAUAGUAUGGUUAACAGGAGUCAUCACUCCCAUGGUGAAAUUCUUAUAUGAUCCUUCUAAGAGGUACUUGUCUUUAAAUAGGAGAAGAACCAUCGAACAAUCGACUCAAGAUAUUGAACUACAUCUCAUGGCAUGUAUACACGAUCAAGAAACCACGCCUUCUUUAAUCAAUGUUCUUGAAAUGUCAAAUCCUUCAUUAGAAAAUCCUAUCUGUUUAUAUGUUCUACAUCUUAUCCAACUAAGAGGAAGAUCAACUCCGGUUUUCAUAGAUCAUCAACCGCAUUGCAAGACUAAUCCGCCGCAAAAGAAUUAUUCGCAGCACAUAGUAAAUGCAUUUCGAUCCUACGAGCGCCAAAAAUCAAACAAUGUUGCUGUGAAACUCUACACGUCAAUUUCGCCUUACGAGACAAUGCAUGAUGAAAUAUGUAUGCAGGUUGCCAUAAAGAGAGUUAGUUUGUUGAUUGUGCCUUUUCAUAAGCAAUGGAAAUCAAAUGGGAUGACUGAAUCAGCCCACCCGAUACAGGCGUUAAAUCGCCAGCUUCUCAGGACGGCACCGUGUUCCGUUGGGAUUCUAAUCGAGCGUGGUGCUUUGAAUAUAAGCAAUCCUCUAACAAAUGUCACAUUUUAUAGUGUUGGAAUAAUCUUUAUAGAAGGAAACGAUGACCGUGAAGCUUUAGCAUACGCGAUGCGGAUGGCAAAUAACCCGAUUGUAAGGGUUACAUUGAUUCGAUUAAUGGAGCCUCGCAAGAAAUAUAAGAACUUGAGCAACAGGGAUCCAGAUGGGGAUUUGAUUCAUAUGUUUAAAGUGGAUUGCAUCCAAAUUAAACGACACGGUUAUAAAGAGGAAGUUGUAAGAGAUAGUGUUGAAAUGAUAAAUGUUCUAAAGUCACUUGAAGGUUGUUUUGAUUUGGUUUUGGUUGGUAGAAGACAUGAAAGUGAGUCAAGUUUGUUUAGUGGAUUAACUGAUUGGAAUGAGUAUCCUGAACUUGGAACUAUUGGUGACAUGUUAGUUUCUUCAGAUUCUACUUUUGAUGGUUCUGUUUUGGUGAUUCAACAACAAAAGAGAUCAGGGAUUGGUUAUCAUGAUUUUCAUUUAGAUUCUGGUAUUUUACCAAAGCAAGAAAACUUGACUAUUGUGGAAUUUCCUAGUGAUAGAAAGGUGUGGCCAAUUGUUUAA